ACAGAGUAUUCUGUGCGUGCGUCCUGUAAUUUAUAUACGGGUCUUCACUAUACAUUGAGAUUGAUUCACAUCUUAUUUAUAUCUGUGUGUAUGUAUUUGCAAAUUUUUGACAAAUGCAGUUCUGUGCAUUGUAAUAAAUGAAAAAGAAGUAAUUAUUCACUGUCGGUUUAUAAAAGGUUUCUUUACACUUUAAAUUUAAAAGCAUUCGUUUCGAUAUUCGUUCGAUUAAAAUAUUAUCAACAUUCUAAAAUAAAAAAAGUGAAAAUAAACAGAAAAAAGUUUGAAAGCUUCAAAUUUAAUUACAUAAGUAUAUUUCAAAUUAUUUUCUGGACUGUUGAAUAUAUAUGAAUAUGUAUAUAUUAUAUCUUAAAAAUAAUAUCUUUGCAAUAUACUGCUAAUUUUAUUUUCUUAAGCGCAUUAGAGCAAAGUCCAAUUAGUGCGUUUAAGUACGAUCAAAAAUCUAUUUACACAUGUAUGUGUAAACUAUACAUACAUACGUACAUAUUGUCUGAUUUAAAUGCGCCAGUUCUUAUAUAGUACAAACAUAUUUACAUACAUAAGUAUACAUAAAUUGUAUUUUUCUUGAAUGCUUAUAUUAAAAUUUUUAUCUGCUCCUGAUGGUAAAGGCAUGAUAUGAGCUUUUGUUUAAAUAGUUAAAUUCAUUGUAGAGUAAUAUUUUGGUGAAGAAACAAAUCAAAUGUAAAUGCACACAUGCCAGAUAUUUGUAAAUAGAUACACAUACAACUGUAUGUAUGUAUGUACAAUUUAGGUUCAACGUAAAUUGUUUAUGCAUUUUAUAUUAUACCGAUCAUAGUUUUUGGUCAGAGGAUCCGAAAUGGCUUCUUCAAUACAAUGCGUUACAGGCGCUACCCGUGUUUUGCGUUUACUGUCUGUAGCGUCAAAUUUAAAUAAAACAAACUGUUGCAAUGCAAAAAAAUCAAUAAAUGCCACCAUUGCAUUCCCCCUGCAAGCAGAAGGAAGUACAACGACAUCAAAACCACUUGCAUUUGGCUUUAUUUCCAAUGUUCCUAACUUUGGGCAUUCCACCAUUUUAACAAGCCGAUUGAUUACCGGUUCGAAAACAAAUUACCGACACUUUUCAAGUCUACAGAAGGCAAACUCGAGUUACAAGUCUACUAUGUUCACUGAUCAAACGAUGGUGCCUUGGAAUUGUCGUUACCUUUCAUCUAAAGAGGUUACAAAAAAUAUGACCUUGUUCACUAAUGAACCGUUUAAGGGUGAAGUGGAUCCAAAGACUUUGGAAAUCAAGGAGCCUUCUGGGAAUCCACUUGUUUUAAUGAUGGCGUGGCUAAUGGCUAAGCAAAAACAUUUGAAGAAAUAUGCUCAAAUUUACACUGAAAUGGGAUUCGAUGUUAUGAUCGUACAUGUGACGCCAUGGCAACUUCUUUGGCCCGUUAAAGGAACACAAGUUGUGGCUGCAGAUACCCUUAAAUUCUUGGAUAAUAAUGGAUCAUAUACGCCAAUUGUUGUUCAUGGCUUUUCUGUGGGGGCGUAUCAACUCGGAGAAGUGAUGUUACAGAUGUCCCGUAAUAAAGAGCGGUAUGCAGGUAUAUUAGACAGAAUUGUUUGUCAAAUUUGGGAUAGCGCUGCCGAUAUUACUGAAAUCCCUGUUGGAGUGCCAAAGUCGCUUUUUCCUAAAAAUCCACGAAUGCAAAGUGCUUUGCGUAAUUACAUCCUUUACCAUAUGAAAACAUUCCAUAAUCAAGCUACUAUCCAUUAUAUGCGAUCCAGUCAAAUGUUUCACUCUACUUUAAUUAAACAACCAGCUUUGUUUUUUGUAUCACAAAAUGAUAGUAUUGGACCACCAUCGUCGAAUCACGCAGUACGUGAAAAUUGGGAGCGUGCUAAUAUAAAAUGUACUUUUAAGUGUUGGGAGCAUUCACAACAUGCAGCACAUUUUAUGAGGCAUCGUGAGGAAUACUUAGGCUGCCUAUUAAAACACCUUGAGACUUCUGGUGCAAUCGACAGUAUCGGCUUAAAAACACGUGCAAAAUUAUAAUUACAAAAUACAAUACAAAAAAAUUAAAUUAACGAAUUUAAAACAAUAAAAAUCAAGAUUAAACUUGGAUAAGGACCAACGUUCAUUGUUCGUGGAAGUAAUUUAAAACUUGUUUGACAUCUUUGAAGCUCUAAGUGCAACCCUCAAUUUUUGUCUGCACAUCAGCAGAGUAUCAGCAACUAAGUGUCAAAUAAGCAACAGAGCCUCGAACGCAUGCUAUGCAUUUUACUUGCAUAUAUUCGGCACCAAAUCAAAGUUGAUAUGUUGAGGGGCAGUUAAAUCCUGCACUAAGUAGAUAUCCGAGGCAUUUUUUCUUAUUAUUUUUAAUUUUAAAAGUAGUAAGCUUUAAAAGCAUAAAAAUAAUAUAUAAAUCUAAUAUCUUAAAAAUAAAAUAUUAAAUUCUAAAAUUACAUUUAAAUCGCAUGCAAUUAAUGCCCUGAACAUAAACAAGGGUAAAAACAAUUAUAUAUAUCAAAUUUGUAUGCGUACAUAGAGCGAAUGAUCAAUGCAAUUGGGGUAUACAAAAUCACUAAUAAAUUCUGUAAAGACAUGUAUUUGAGUGUAUGUAUUAAUAAAGAAAUAUAGUACACAUGUUCAUAAGUCGCA